AUGAGUAAAUCGUCAAGGUCUUCAAAAAGUGAUCAAAAGAAGGCAACUGAGCCUCAUGAUGAGAGACUUGAAGAAUAUAGGGAAUCAUUUAACUUAUUUGACAAGGAUGGCAACGGAAAAAUAUCAAUACUGGAACUUAAGUCCGUUAUGAAUUCUCUUGGUCAGAAAGUCUCGAGCAAAGAAGUUGCACAAAUGAUUAAAGAGAUCGAUCUCAACAAUGACGGUGAGGUUGAUUUUGACGAAUUUGUUAAAAUGAUGAGGAAGUCGAAACCAAUGUCUGAUAAGGAAAAACUUAGAGAGGCAUUCAGCGUUUUUGAUCGAGAUGGUAAUGGAUAUAUCUCUCGCUCUGAAAUGAAACAGGUUAUGCGCAAUCUUGGAGAAAAUCUCACUGACGAGGAAAUCCAGGAUAUGAUAAAUGUUGCAGAUUCUGAUGGUGACGGUCAAGUCAGCUUCGAAGCCGCGCCUCUGGAAUCAGCCAACCUUUCCGCCUCUAAAUUACUCACCCAGUGA